AUGAUACAAAGACCUAACUCCAACAUGGAAGUUUUCAUCACUGCUCAUUUCAUGUCUGAAAAUGUUUUGGAUAGAGGUGUGGGGCUGUCAACACAAUCCGAAUCUGAGCUGAUAACACAGAUGUUGUCACAAACACCUCCUAGGGAGAAAGCUCGCCCUGAUUGGGGUGCUAGGAUACGCCACCUGAUGGAAGCCACGCCUACUGCAUAUUCAUUGGUAUUACUGCAUGAAGACAAGAUAUAUGGUGUGAGGGACCCAUUUGGUAAUCGACCUCUUUGUUUAGGUCGACUCAUGCCUUUAAAGGAGCCACUUGAUGGGAUGAAUUCUCCCAAGCCUGUAGGCUGGGUUCUUAGUUCAGAGUCCUGUGCUUUCCAGUCCAUAGGUGCCACACUUAUGCGGGAGGUUUAUCCAGGUGAGAUUGUGGAACUUGGACCGGAAGGUGUGCGAUCAUUGGAUAUUGUGCCGAGGCCAAAACCUGCCACACCAUUAAGUGAAGCACAUGGGGAUCCAAACCACACUGACCAUGCUGACAUCCUCCAGGCACCACCCCCUGCCUUCUGUAUCUUCGAAUAUGUUUACUUUUCUCGGCCAGAUUCUGUAUAUGAAGGUCAGCAAGUAUACAGUGUGCGCCAGCGGUGUGGGCGGCAGCUGGCCUUAGAGUCACCCGUGGAAGCUGACAUUAUCUCCACCAUUCCUGAGUCGGCCACACCAGCAGCCAUGGGAUUCUCUCUCCAGUCUGGUAUCCCUUACAUGGAAGUUUUGUGCAAGAACCGCUAUGUUGGGAGCUUCAUCCAACCUGACACACGCUCUAGACAACUUGCUGUUGCUAAGAAGUUUGGUGCUCUGACUGAAAACCUUGUGGGCCGCAGAGUUGUGCUGGUUGAUGAUUCCAUUGUUAGGGGUACCACUGUAGGACCCAUCAUUCGACUUCUCAGGCAGGCAGGAGCUCGGGAGGUCCAUAUACGUAUUGCGUCACCUCCCAUCCACCAUCCGUGCUACAUGGGCAUUAACAUUCCAACUCGAGGAGAACUCAUUGCCAAUAAGAAGCAUCCAGAUGAACUUGCAAGUUUUAUUGGAGCAAACAGCUUGGCAUACCUAAGUAUUGAGGGCCUUGUGACAGCAGUGAAGAAUGGAGUCAUAAGUAAAACUGGUACACCGUCAGGCCACUGUACAGCGUGCCUUGAUGGGAAGUAUCCUGUGCAUCUUGAGUGGUAAUGGUUGUAGAAUUAAUAUAUAUCAGAUAUAUUCUUUCCCUGGCUGUUUGUGAAUAGCUGUCAGUUAACUUUUGGGUUUUUGUGUGGCUCUUGAGUUAACCAUUUUGAAUGACAUGCUUGAUCUUAUGUUACUGUUCAGAUCUUUUUGUACUUUGGAUUGAUGUCACAAUUCUUAACCUUAGCACAUUUGUUAAUACAUCAAGUUAUUAGCAUUUGUUCUCUUUAAUCAUCAUUUGGUAUCACAUGAAUUUUCCUGCAUCCACAGUAAGGGAAUGGAUAAAAUGGUUGUUAAAAACUCCUCACACCACUCUUAGUGCAUAUGUAAUAUAAAUCUUGUACAUCCGGCUAAUGUCUUAGGGCAGCAGUCAUAAAGUUAACCUGUGAAAAAAUAUGCAGGUGAUCCUUAUGAAAUAAAACAGAAACAAAGAUGGGAAAAUUGUAAAGUAAAUGAUGUGGGAAAUUAACCUUUACAGGGGCAGGGGUUUGUCUCAGCUGAAUAAAAUCAUCUGGCAUUAACCAGAAUAAAAUACUGUACCUAAGUGCAACAGAGAUAACAGAGAUAACAAACUUGAAAAAAGUCUUCAAAGAGCAUUGUGAAGUUCAAGUCUGUGUAAGACCAAUAAGAGAUAAAGCUCAGUGACUGUAGCCCAUUUGUGAUCAAGGCCAGUCUGGCUACAUACAAUUUAUACAUACUCUCUAGUGUACAGAAGCAUUUAGUAUUGUAUUGUUAUCUACAGGACCUCUAAGAAAAAGAAUGUUUAGAUUAUUGAUAACCAUAGCCAACAAUUCUGUGGUAAAAUACACGUUGUUUUAUCCAAGGGUUUUGCCCCCUUCCAGUAGCAUUAGAGAAAUCUGUAAAAGUGCCAAGAUAGGUUUAAUGAAUGAAAAAAAUAUAUAGUAAAAAAAUAUGAGAUAUAUUUUAAAUAUACUGAAAUAAAAUUUUUGAAAAAUGA